UUUAGCAUGGGGCAUGAUUUCUACUUCAAAAAUCGUCUCUCUAUCAUUAAUUUUCUUCUUUUUGGUAAGUGGGUUGUGAGAAUCCCACCAACAGUUGUUCUCUGAUUCUUCAACGACAGUUCAAGAUUCUUCUUCAGAUUGAGAGAAAUGGUGGGUCUGCUUGGGAAUCUUGUCCCUGUCCGUGAAUACUUCUGGUGACAUCGAUUUUGCAAAUCCUUUACUUUAUUCGAUCUGGUCUGUUUGGAUUCCACCGUUUUUGCAGUUUUGCAGUCUGCCUUAGGCAAAAUUUUGCCAGGCCAUGUUCAAAUAACAUCUCGCAUGAUGGGUUGGCUGAACAAAAUUUUUAAAGGUUCUUCCAGCCAUAGAAUCUCAGAGGGGCAAUAUCAUGGAAAAUAUGGAGAGGAUAGGGUUUGGAACGGACACUCUGGUUCUUUGGAUGAUAAUUCUGAUUUUGAGAAUGAAGAUAUAGACCGUGCUAUAGCGCUUUCCCUUUCAGAAGAAGAGCAAAAACAGUCAAAUGUGCCUGAUAACGGAUCUCAUUUGGAGGAAGACGAACAAUUAGCCAGAGCUCUGCAAGAAAGUUUAAACACUGAAUCUCCUCCACGUGAAAAUGGCCAUCUUUAUCAUCUACCAUUCCCCUAUUCAACAGGGUUCAGAAUUUGUGCUGGUUGCAAUACUGAGAUUGGUCAUGGACGCUUCCUGAGUUGCAUGGGUGCGGUUUGGCAUCCAGAAUGUUUCCGUUGCCAUGCUUGCAAUCUGCCUAUAUCUGAUUAUGAGUUCUCCAUGUCUGGAAAUCACCCCUAUCACAAGUCCUGCUACAAGGAGAAUUAUCAUCCCAAAUGCGAUGUCUGCAAGCAUUUUAUUCCAACAAAUGCUUCUGGUCUCAUUGAAUAUAGGGCGCAUCCUUUCUGGCUUCAGAAAUAUUGUCCUUCACAUGAGCUUGAUGGGACUCCCCGCUGCUGCAGCUGUGAGCGAAUGGAGCCAAGAGACUCAAGAUAUAUCACCUUGGAUGAUGGUCGUAAGCUAUGCUUGGAGUGUCUGGAUUCUGCAAUCAUGGAUACCACUGAAUGCCAACCUCUUUAUCUCGAUAUACAAGACUUCUACGAAGGUCUGAAUAUGAAAGUGGAGCAGCAAGUUCCAUUACUCUUGGUCGAGAGACAAGCACUAAAUGAGGCCAUGGAGGGAGAAAGAAACGGCCAUCAUCAUUUGCCUGAGACCCGAGGGUUGUGCCUGUCCGAGGAACAGACUGUCAGCUCUAUUUUGAGGAGGCCAAGGAUUGGGGCCGGAAAUCGAAUUGUGGAGAUGAUAACAGAACCAUAUAAGCUCACUCGCCGAUGUGAAGUGACGGCCAUUCUCAUUUUGUAUGGGCUCCCAAGAUUACUGACUGGAUCGAUCCUGGCUCAUGAGAUGAUGCAUGCGUGGCUGCGGCUUAACGGUUUCCGCACUCUCAGUCAAGAAGUCGAAGAAGGCAUCUGCCAGGUUCUAGCCCACAUGUGGCUUGACUCGGAGAUCAUGUCAGGGUCUGGCAGCAAUGUCGCAUCAUCCUCAUCGUCAUCUUCCUCUUCCUCUUCAUCCACAUCAUCAAAGAAGGGCACGAGGUCCCAGUUUGAGAAGAAGCUCGGUGACUUUUUCAAACACCAGAUUGAGUCGGACACUUCGUCGGCAUAUGGAGACGGGUUCCGAGCUGGCAACCAGGCAGUGCUUCGGUACGGCCUUCGUCGGACCCUUGACCAUAUCAAGCUGACAGGGAGCUUCCCAUGUUGAAGCUGGGGCAACCGCCAUCCGAUGGUGGGUCCCAUAGGUGGAGUGUUUGGCCCACGGAUUAGAGCUUAGGGGCUGAUGCAUAAAAUGAGAAACUCAUAGAGAAAGAUUUAAAAGUCAUCCAUGAAAUGCUUCUUUUCUAUACACGUGAGAUGUGAUUGAGUGAUCACCGGUUAUAUCUGUUGAGACUAUUUAUGAACAUUAGAUUAAUACUUAAUAAAUGGGGUAUCAAUCCUUAAUACUUUUCUUUA